GACAGAAGUGUGUCUUACGUGUAUUUCAUUAUUUUUGGACUUUGGCAAGGGUUUUGAGGGUUUUUGCAGCUCAGACAUGAAUCUCUGCGCUUGCGCCAUCCUGAUAUUCAACUUCCUCGUCGCUUGUGGGCAAGUUCCCCACAAAGUCAAUAUCCUUGUGGGCUGUUUUGAGAACGCCACAAAUAUAUUGGUGGAAUUUGAUGGUGAGGAGGUCGCAUAUGUCGAUUUCAUCCAGGCGGAGGUCGUUUACACUGCCCCCAAAUGGUUUCUGUCCAAUCCAAGUGAGGUACUUCAGGACGUGAUACCAUACAAAGAAGCUAAGAGCAGCAAGCUCACCUGUUGGUCGACUUUGGUGUUCAUGGAAAAUGAAGAGAAAUACCCAAUGGAGGUAGAAGACCCCCCAGAGAGUAUCAUCUACCUAGCAGAAGAGCUUCAGCUUGGUAGAGAAAACACCCUAAUCUGCUUUGUAGAACAGUUCUUUCCACCAAACAUCCAAGUCCACUGGACCAAAAAUGGCGGUGUGGUAUCAGAGGGGGUGUUGUUCGGUCAAUAUCACCAGAACGAUGAUCGCACCUUCCACCAGGUGUCAUCCCUGAAGUUCACACCACAGGAAGGAGACAUUUAUGGCUGCACUGUGUACCACUCAGCCCUGGACGAGCCAAAAACAAAAUUCUUAGAGAUCGAUUUUAGGCAUCCUGGGGUUCUACCAGAUGUUUUGUGUGGCGUGGGCUUGACUGUGGCGUUAUUUGGAGUCGCAGCUGGAGCUUUCUUAGGGAUCACAGGACGUUACCCAGCACCUGUUGUCUGAUUGUGUUUUAAAUAUCUAUGAACAAGACACACAACUCUAUAGUGUGACAGCAGUUUACGCUAUUAUUCUUAAACUUUGAUUUUACUUUGCUUCUGUAAACCUCAGGUAUGAUAAGGUUUGAUUUAAAUCAGUUAGUAGAGUGUGUUAAUUUUUUACCCUGACUGUGCCAGUUCAUUUAGACGUGCAUCUCUGAAUGUGUGCUACAUUGUGUUUAUGUUAUACUUCACACACUCAAAUUAAAGUAAAUAAAGAAAACAUU